AUGGCCAGCCCGCCACCGAACCCUAACGAAGGCGAGGAGGGCGGCUCCGAGUUCAAAGAGGAGCCGAGCGGGGAACGCGCGGCCUCCCCGCAGAAGACAUUCAUAGCGCCGCCAGCAUCGCAGCUACCUACGAAGCUGCAAUACGUGACGCUUGGCGCCUCCGGUCCCAGCGGCAUCAAGCAGUUGUUCCGUACGGUAAAGGUUGCUCGUCGUGUGCCCACGCUGCCGCGCAGAACGAGGGAAGGUGAGGGCGGCGCUGGGCCUUCGGCGCCGCCCGCGCCUGAAUCCCGCACGCGCCGCGAUCAUACUAAGCGUCAUGUUUGUGACACUUGCGACAAACGUUUCUCAAGCCCUGGUAAGCUCAGCCAACAUGUCCUCUCCCACACCGGUGAGCUACCUUUCUCCUGUGAUUUGUGCGACAAGCGUUUCAAUUCCAAGUUCAAGCUUGUACGUCAUAAUCUUAUACACAGUGAGGCUCGAGCCUUCGCAUGUGCUGUAUGCAAUAAGACAUUUAAUCGUAAGGAUCACCUCACUAAUCAUGUUAGAGUGCACAAUCCAGUAAAAAAGCUGUACACCUGUGAAAGGCCAGAUUGCAGGAAAUCUUACACAUCUCAUUUGAGUUAUCGCAAACAUGCUGCCUUGCAUUCAGCUGAGGAAGGCAACCUACAGUGUAAAAUUUGUGAUAUGAGUUUUGCUACACAGCAGGAAAUAGUUUAUCAUCUAAAAGUUCACACAGGUAGUCGUACCGUAAAAAAUGAUUCAGAUAAAAAGUUUACAUGCAAUUACUGUGGUCGAAAAUUCUUUACUGCAAAGGAUGUAAGGCGGCACCAAGUUGUGCAUACAGGCAGGCGUGAUUUUCUGUGUCCUUACUGUCCCCAAAAGUUUGGACGUAAAGAUCACCUGGUAAGGCAUGUUAAAAAUGCUCAUCCUGAUGAGUCAUGGAAAUCAGCUGCUGUUGGAACAUCAAGUGAGCCGCCUCCAGAGGCCUCAGCAUUUGAGGAAACUUACACUGAAUACCCAAUAGAGGGGACAGAUUUUGAAAUUUGGAAUCCACCUUCACCUAAAGAGAGUACAUCAGAAGGGGGUCCAACAAGGGUGCCUUCUACAGAUAUCAUAGUAGAAAUUGCACCGGAACUUGAUAUAAAAGUGGAACCUAUAGAUAUUAAGCUAGAGGAACCAAUAAUACCAGAUAUUAAACUGGAGGAGCCAGAGGCUCCAAGUUGCUCUUUGAUACCUGUUGAGUACCCAAUGAUGUAUGUAGUGGCUCCACCUUAUUCUGAGACACCACCUGACUUACCUUACAUAACAACAGAGGAGCUGUCUGAUCCAAUACAAGCACAUUUGCUUCACCAGGCGAAUGUAGAGUCCUUGUUGAUGAAUCCGGGUGAGGGUCCCUCUGGGUUGUCAAGCCAAAUGCUAGGUCUACUGGAGGAAAGUGAACCUACGUAUACAGGUGAUGAAGGCCGUGUACAACAGCGACUGCCAGCAUUCACGCAGGCUUUCCAGACAGCACAGAGCCCAAAGCCACCUCCGCCGCCACCCCCGCCACACUAA